AUGUCACAUCUUGUGGCCAUUAUUAUUCUUUUACUGAAGAUUUGGAAUUCCCAGUCAUGUUCUGGCAUUUCUGGGAAGUCUCAAAUGCUUUUCGCUCUGGUCUUCACCACCAGAUAUUUGGACCUAUUCACUGUUUACAUAUCUGCUUACAACACCAUUAUGAAGGUGGUGUUCCUGGCUCUGUCCUAUGCCACAGUGUACAUGAUCUACGUGCGCUUCAAGAAGACGUACGACUCUGAAAAUGAUUCAUUUCGAGUGGAGUUCCUCUUGGUGCCUGUUAUUGGCCUAUCCUUCCUGGAGAACUAUGCUUUCACCCCAAUGGAGAUUCUGUGGACCUUUUCCAUCUUUCUGGAAGCUGUUGCCAUCAUGCCCCAGCUCUUCAUGAUCACCAAGACGGGGGAGGCGGAGUCCAUCACUACACACUACCUGUUCUUCCUGGGCCUUUACCGAGCCUUGUACAUCGGCAACUGGAUGUGGAGGUACCACACGGAAGGCUUCUUUGACCAGAUCGCUGUGGUGUCCGGCGUCGUGCAGACUAUAUUCUAUUGUGAUUUCUUCUACCUUUACGUCACAAGGGUGCUUCGUGAAAGAGGAAAAAUGUCGCUUCCAAUACCUGUGUAA